AUGCACUCGUGGACCUGCCUUCUCGCUGCGGCGCUCCUCACGCGCCAUGCGUCCGCACAAUUCAAUAUGUUACGAUUCGCAUGCUCUCAGCUGGUGGUAGAGCGCACCGAUCCGCUCGUCAACCCAGGCAUGACGUACACGCCGCAUCUGCACCAGAUCGUAGGCGGUAACUCCUUCAACGUGACCAUGGACCCCGCUACCCAUGACCUUCCUGGCCUAUCGACUUGCACAUCUUGCAGCUUCGCCGAAGACUUUUCUAACUACUGGACCGCGGUUCUCUUCUUCAAACAGAAGAACGGAACCUACAAGCGCGUGCCCCAGGUCGGCAAUGGCGGGCCUCAAGGCCAGCUGUCGCAGAAGGGCGGGUUGGAUAUUUACUAUAUUCCUAGUGGGAAGGUUACGGCGUUCAAAAAGGGUUUUCGCAUGCUGGCUGGAACCGCCACGAAUACCGACCCCAACAAGGUCAACAAGGGAAACAUCUGCCACCGCUGUUGGACCUCCCCAAGCGAGGCUCAAUUCGUUGGCGGAGCUCCUUGCACCGGUAGUGACACCGUCGACGUACCAAAGGAUCAGUCAUGCAAAAUGAUCCGGCAGACCAUUAUAUUUCCUACUUGUUGGAACGGCAAGGACCUCGACUCCCCCGACCACCAAAGCCACGUCGCAUACAGCGGUACUGGGGCCAGCGGUGGCGGCAGCUGCCCGUCGACUCACCCCGUCAAGCUACCACAGAUCAUGUAUGAGCUCAUGUGGAACGUGACCGACUUCACCAACGACCCCAGCGUAUGGCCCACCGACGGGUCCAACCCUUAUGUUUACAGCAUGAACCUUGGUGGCCCUGCCGCCCACGGUGACUACCUCUUCGGCUGGAAGGACGACACGCUCCAAAAGGCCAUGGAUAAUAACUGCAACUUGGACGCUACGUGCAAUGCGGCGGGCAUCCACAAGCAGACCCAGGCUGCCUAUGAUGCCUGCACGCUGCCGCAGCAGGCACCGGAGCAGGUUGAUGGAUGGCUCAAGGCACUUCCCAUGGGCGAGAUGGCCGUCAUGUCCUAA